AUGGGAGUUCCAGCAUUUUAUCGGUGGUUAGCGGAGAAGUAUCCGAUGGUGGUGGUGGAUGUGAUCGAGGAAGAGCCAGUUGUCAUCGAAGGCGUUGAGAUACCGGUUGAUACAAGUAAACCUAACCCUAACGACAUCGAAUUCGACAACCUGUAUCUCGACAUGAACGGGAUUAUUCAUCCUUGUUUUCACCCCGAAGAUCGGCCUUCGCCAACCACUUUUGAGGAUGUAUUUCAGUGCAUGUUUGACUACAUAGAUAGGCUUUUUGUGAUGGUUCGGCCCCGGAAGGUGCUAUACAUGGCUAUUGAUGGUGUUGCCCCACGGGCUAAAAUGAAUCAGCAGCGGUCUAGGCGUUUUAGAGCAGCCAAAGAUGCAGCUGAUGCUGCAGCCGAGGAGGAAAGGUUGCGGGAGGAGUUUGAGAGGGAGGGAAGAAAGCUUCCUCCUAAACAGGAAUCACAAGUUUUCGAUUCCAAUGUCAUCACUCCUGGAACUGAAUUUAUGGCUGUCUUGUCAAUUGCUCUGCAAUACUACAUUCACCUGAGGCUAAACAAUGACCCUGGAUGGAAAAAUAUUAAGGUUAUCCUUUCUGAUGCAAAUGCUCCUGGUGAAGGGGAACACAAAAUUAUGUCAUAUAUACGGCUGCAAAGGAAUAUGGCAGGUUAUGAUCCGAAUACGCACCAUUGUCUGUAUGGUUUGGAUGCAGAUCUAAUUAUGUUGGCUUUGGCUACUCACGAAGUUCAUUUUUCAAUACUUAGGGAGGUGGUGUUUACUCCUGGACAACAAAACAAAUGUUUCCUCUGUGGUCAAUUGGGUCAUUUAGCAGCAGAUUGUGAAGGGAAGGCAAAGAGAAAAGCAGGGGAAUUCGAUGAGAAAGGCGAUGGUGAUGUGGUUAAAAAGCCUUACCAAUUUGUCAACAUAUGGACUCUGAGAGAAUACUUGGAAUAUGAGAUGAGAAUUCCCAACCUUCCUUUCAAGAUUGAUUUCGAGUGCAUCGUUGAUGACUUUAUCUUCAUGUGUUUCUUUGUCGGCAACGAUUUUUUGCCACAUAUGCCCACAUUAGAGAUUCGUGAGGGUGCAAUUAACUUGUUGUUGGCCAUAUAUAAGAAAGAAUUUAAAGCUUUGGGUGGGUAUUUGACCAAUGCAAGCAAGCCAAAUCUGAGCAGGGUAGAACAUUUCAUUCAAGCUGUGGGAUCGUAUGAAGAUAAAAUAUUCCAGAAAAGAGGUCGUUUGCAUCAGAGACAAGCUGAAAGAAUUAAGCGUGACAAGGCUCAGGCUCAGGCAAAAAGAGGAGAUGAUGCAGAACCUCAAGUUAAACCUGACUCUCUAGUUGCAAUUGCCCGGUUUCAUGGUUCGCGUCUUGCUUCAGGUCCUUCACAUUCACCAUAUCAACGGACACAAUCAGUUCUUGACAUUCAGAGCAAGCAUUCUGAGACAUCUGGUGAUAAACAAACCUAUAUGCGGGCCAAAAAAGUUGCAUGUUUAUCUUCUGGUGCCUCUAUUGGUGCUGCCAUUGUUGAGGCUGAGACGAGUCUUGAAAUAGAAGAACGGGACAACAAAGAGGAAUUGAAAACAAAGCUGAAAGAUUUACUUCGUGAAAAGUCUGAUGCUUUUAAUUCUGAAAAUCCGGAGGAAGACAAGAUCAAGCUGGGAGAGCCAGGCUGGAAAGAAAGGUAUUACGAGGAAAAGUUUUUUGCAAAGACUCCUGAGGAACUUGAAACGAUACGGAAAGAUGUUGUUUUGAGAUACACAGAAGGUCUAUGCUGGGUUAUGCAUUAUUACUAUGAAGGAGUUUGUUCCUGGCAGUGGUUUUAUCCUUACCAUUAUGCGCCAUUUGCAUCUGAUCUCAAGGAUCUUGGGCAGCUGGAUAUAAGUUUUGAACUAGGUUCUCCGUUCAAACCUUUCAAUCAGUUAUUGGGGGUUUUUCCUGCUGCCAGUUCCCAUGCACUCCCUGUGCAAUAUAGGAAAUUGAUGACAGAUCCAACCUCGCCUAUUAUUGAUUUUUAUCCAACUGAUUUUGAAGUGGACAUGAAUGGCAAGCGAUAUUCUUGGCAGGGUAUCGCCAAAUUGCCUUUCAUUGAUGAAAUCCGCCUUCUUACUGAGGUUGCAAAAAUGGAACAUACUUUAACGGAGGAAGAAACACGAAGAAACAGCAUUAUGUUUGACAUGCUUUUUGUGUCAGUAUCUCACCCUCUGUCUCCGUACAUAUUUUCUCUUGACGAUCAUUGUAAGCAGUUGACAGAAAAAGAACGAGUUGAUUUCAAGGAGCAACUUGAUCCUAGUGCCAGUGGUGGGAUGUGUGGUUAUAUAUCCCUUUGCGCUGGGGAUCCUUGCCCUCCAAUUUUUCGAUCACCUGUUACUGGAAUGGAAGAUAUUAUGGACAAUCAAGUCAUAUGUGCCAUAUACAGACUUCCGGAUGCUCAUAAACACAUCACUCGACCACCUUCCGGGGUUAUAUUUCCAAAGAAGACGGUCACCUUGGGGGAUAUAAAACCCGAACCUGUUUUGUGGCAUGAGGAUUCUGGGAAGAAGCCAUGGGAAAACGGAAGGCAUAACCCCCCUGGAAUGUCGUCUGGCAGGCAGCUUGGGCCAGCAGCACAUCGGUUUGUGGCUAAUAGUUUACGGUCAAACGCUGAUAAAAAUAGUAAUGGUGGACAAAUGUAUGCACCGCCCCCAUCAUAUGCUGGUACACAUGGCCCGCCUUUCCCCUCUUACCAGAGUAAUAGUUAUCACGAUCAGGAACAGAACAGAAUGGUUCGGGCUAGAUCAGGAUAUCCCGCUCAAAGCUCCGAAGGUUACCCCGGGUCAUCAAACCCCUAUACUGUUCGGAAUCAGUUUGACAAUACUUAUGGUCACCCGCGUGCUUCUCCAGUUGCACAGAGUCCUUUCAAUAGGUCCCAUCCUUGGGACAAAAGGAGCAACCAGUUUACUACUGAAAGCAGAGAAUAUCCCGCCGCACAUGGAUACUACCCACCUGGGUUGCACCAAGAUGGACAUAGCUACACUCUGAAUGAGCCCUCUCAGCAUUUGGUGCAAGCUCCCAUUCCGUCUGGUACCCAUUUUCGUGAGCCAGGUGGAUACAACGGCUAUGGGGGCUACCAAUCAUAUGGGGAUGCUAGUUAUCAUCAACGGGGUGGUAGCUGGACCUCUCGGGGAAACCAAAGCAGUGGUAGAGGGUAUACUCACCCUCAACAACAGUCGGGUAACCAAUUCUCAGCGUUAAACCGGGGAGCAAGUAGAAGGCCACCACCUCCACCUCCUGGGUAUAGGCGCUAGAGGUACUAUAAAACCUCCCCCCCCCCCCCCCCCCCCCCC